AUGUCAGAACCCAUCACGCUCAAUGUUGGAGGAAAACUCUAUACCACCUCUCUGUCCACCCUGACUAGCUUUCCAGACUCCAUGCUGGGGGCCAUGUUUAGCGGGAAGAUCCCAACCAAGAAGGACAGCCAAGGCAACUGCUUUAUCGACAGAGAUGGCAAAAUCUUCCGCUAUAUCCUGAACUUCUUACGAACUUCUCACUUGGACCUCCCCGAAGACUUUCAGGAAAUGGGCUUACUUCGACGGGAGGUAGAUUUUUAUCAAAUUCAGCCACUGAUUGAGGCCUUGCAGGAGAAGGAGGUGGAGCUUUCUAAAGCGGAGAAGAAUGCUAUGCUCAACAUCACCCUCGAUCAGAAGACCCAGACUGUUCACUUCACAGUCCGAGAAGCACCCCAGAUCUACAGCCUGUCUUCCUCCAACAUGGAAGUGUUCAGUGCUCAUAUCUUCUCCACGUCAUGUCUGUUCCUCAAGCUUCUUGGUUCCAAACUUUACUAUUGCUUCAACGGAAACCUCUCUUCAAUAUCCAGCUACCUGCAGGACCCCAACCAUUUGACCUUGGAUUGGGUUGCAAGUGUGGAAGGUCUUCCCGAAGAGGAGUACACCAGGCAGAACUUAAAGAGACUCUGGGUGGUGCCAGAUAAUAAGCAAAUCAAUAGUUUCCAGGUGUUUGUGGAAGAAGUGCUAAAAAUAGCCAUGAGUGAUGGUUUCUGCAUAGAUUCUUCUCAUCCACAUACUUCAGAUUUCAUGAAUAAUAAGAUUAUUCGUCUAAUUCGGUACAAGUAG